UUGUUUCACAUUUUCUUUCAGCCGUUAUCGAACUGUUUUACAAAAGUCGACAACCAGGUGUGGGACACAACAUACAACCAUGUUUGCCCUCAAUCGGCUGACCGCGUCCGCAUUUCAUGUUUUUCGCUACAGAUCUGCUCCAGCCAUCCAGUCGUUUUGGCAUGGCUUCACCUCGACCUCAUCGAACUACGAUGAUGACAAGAAGCAAUGGAGAAGAGAGUACAACGCAAGAUACUAUCUCGAAAACAGAGAGAGAUUGAGAGAAGCCAAAUCCAAGCAGUAUCACAAAAACAUCGAGAAGUCCCGACAGAAGAACAAUGACUAUCUCGACAAAAUGGAGAAAGAGGAUCCUGAGAGACUUGAACGUCGCGUGCGUCAAAUCCGCGAAAUUCUUGCCUCGAAAUACAGAGAUCCUGAAUGGCGUCAACGUGAACUCAUUCGCAGAAAACAGCAGUAUCGUGACAAUCACGCUUACAAGCAGAGAUUGGCGAUAGGAAACUGGUUGGUCCGCAGAUGCCCUGACCCCGGAGCUUUCACGUGGAAAACUCAUACUCCAAUCGUGUAUCCUGAGGUGGUCCGACAUACUUGUGCUUCCUGUAAGAUACGCCGUCGUAGAAGGAGACUGUGGUGGAGGCGGAACUCGACGGAUCCCGAGAAACAGACGGACUCACAAGAUAAGGAUCAAACAAAUCCAGCAAAUCCUGAACUCUUCGAUUGCCACGGAUGCUACACAAAAGACAUGAGCGAUAUGGGCCGCUUGAUGCCCGUCGGCCACGAAAACCAUGUCUUCGGCAUUGGAAUGAAGUCCCCUACGCCAUGAAUUACAGAAACGAUAUUUUCGCAGGUAUGUAUUGUCAUGUGGCAGUUCAGAUGACAAGCUAA